AUGGCACCUUCUGCCGUCGCCGUCGACGCGCUCCCUGCCCCACAGGCAAAGCAAGUGGCCCCGCGCACCGAAGACCAGACGCAGGAGAAGACGGCGCUGCAGGCCAUCUCCCAGGGCGUUUGUCUGCCCGGCAUCCCGCUCUUCUCCGACUACGACAAGCACCGGGCAUGGAUGCUGUCGCACAUGGCAGGCGCUUUCCGCGUCUUUGCGAGGAAAGGCUUCACCGAGGGCAUGUCCGGACACAUAAGCGUCCGAGACCCGGAGCAUCCGCAUACCUUCUGGACGAAUCCGCUCGGCAAGCACUUCGCGACCUUGAAGGCAUCCGACAUGGUCUUGGUCGACUAUGACGGCAACAUCGUGGGCGGAAAUACCAGCCGACCUGCAAAUGCAGCAGGCUUCCUCAUACACUCGGCCGUCCACAAAGCAAGGCCCGACGUGACUGCCGCUUGUCAUUGCCACGGCACCGCAGGCAAAGCCUGGAGUACGUUUGCGCGACCGCUGGAGAUGAUCAAUCAGGAUGUGACGUACUUUUAUGGCGAUGCGCAGGCCGUCUACCCUGAGUUCGGUGGCAUUGUCUUUAGCGAAGAAGAGGGCAAGCGCCUGGCUGCCUCUCUGGGCCCCAAGGGAAAGGGCCUGAUCUUGCGAAACCAUGGCUUGCUGACUGUUGGAGCCACUGUCGACGAGGCUGCCUACUUGUACACCCUCAUGGAGCGCUCUUGCGAGAUCCAGCUCAUGGUCGAGGCCGCCGCCGCCAACGGUAUCCCCAAGGUCUAUGUCAACGACGAAGCAGCCGCAUACACUUUCAAAAUGGGCGCCGACGCCGAGAGCUUGUACUGCGAGUUCCAGCCCGAUCUUGACUAUGAACGCGAGCUAUGCAAUGGCGCUUUCGAGCAAUAA